AUGAUUAAAACAUGCAACAGACAUUCUUCUCAUUCAUUGAGAGGAAUGAGUCAAACAACUCUUUUUAAAUCGCCCUCAUCUUCGUCUUUAUUUAGGUCAACAUCGUCUUCUUCGCUUUAUAUUCCACCUCCUACAGCUUUAGUACGUAGUAUUUCUUCAUCAUCUAUUUUAUCUAAUUCUUCAAAUGCCUCCGUUACAUCACCGCUCUCGUACUCGACUAGUCGUGAAAAAUCAUAUUUUGCAGAAAGGUUGGAACCAGAGGAUUUGAACCCCAAUGUCGUUAAGGCUAAAUAUGCGGUUCGUGGUGCCAUUCCCUCAUACGCAGACAAAUUGAAGAUCCAAUUGUUGAAACAUCCAGGAACCUUGCCUUUUGAAUCAGUCAUCAAUUCUAAUAUCGGUAAUCCUCAACAACUGGGCCAAAAACCUUUGUCUUUUGGCAGACAAGUUCUUUCUAUUUUAGAAUAUCCUGCAUUAUUAGAUCAUGAAAGAACUCUGGUUGAUUCUAUGGGGUAUGCACCAGAUUCCAUAGAAAGAGCCAAGACUCUAUUGACAGACAUUGGAUCUAUAGGUGCUUAUUCCAAUUCUCAAGGUGUUCAUGGUAUUAGACAAACUGUGGCAGAUUUCAUUACUAAUCGUGAUGAUGGUGAAGUCGCUUAUCCAGAUGAUAUUUUCUUAACUGCUGGUGCCUCAUCUGCCGUUUCUACCAUUUUGUCCAUUCUAUGUAAAGGUCAACAAACGGGUGUUUUAAUUCCAAUUCCUCAGUAUCCGUUGUAUACCGCCACCUUAACUUUAAAUGAUGCCACAGCAUUACCUUAUUAUUUAGACGAGUCGAAUGGUUGGUCUACAGAUAUUAAUGAAAUUUCAAAAGUCGCACAAGAUUCAUUAGAAGCAGGUAUUAAACCUACUUGCCUUGUUGUGAUAAACCCAGGGAACCCAACAGGAUCCGUCUUAACUGUAGAAGCUAUUAAAAACGUUUUCGAUGUUGCUGCUAAAUAUGGGUUAGUAGUCAUUGCAGACGAAGUAUACCAAGAUAACAUCUUCCCAGGGUCUGAAUUCCAUUCGAUGAAAAAAAUUUUAAGAAUUUUACAAAAAGAAGUCCCCAAUAAAUAUGAUAAUAUCCAAUUAGCCUCUUUACAUUCAUGUUCAAAGGGUUUAUUAGGUGAAUGUGGUCAUAGAGGUGGUUAUUGUGAAUUUAUUGGAUUUACACCAGAAGUUAAACAAGUGAUAACAAAAUUAUCUUCAAUCUCUCUAUGUUCUUCAGUUAUUGGCCAAGCUCUUGUAGAUUUGAUGUGUUGUCCACCAAAGAAAGGUGAACCUUCUUAUGAAUUAGAUCAACAUGAAAGACAAACCAUUAGAACCAAUCAUAAGAAAAGAUCAAAUAAAUUGUAUGAGAUGUUCAAUUCAUUAGAAGGCGUUACUUGUCAAAAACCUCAAGGUGCCAUGUAUAUGUUCCCUAACAUUCAAUUACCUUUUAAUGCUAUAAAGAUGGCUCAAAAUUUGGAUAUAACACCAGAUGAAUUCUAUUGUAGAGAAUUAUUAAAGGCAACAGGUAUCUGUACUGUGCCAGGCUCAGGGUUUGGCCAACAACCAGGUACUUACCAUGUAAGAACCACCUUUUUAGCUCCAGGUGUUGAAUGGAUGAAAAGAUGGGAAAAAUUCCAUAUUGAAUUUUUUGAAAAGUAUCGCUAA